GCAGGUUGUGCUGUUGGAAACUAGGCCUAACCUACUCAGACAGACUUCAAAAGUACUGAAAACUGAGUAUUUUGUCGGGAAGAGUUUGGUUGAAUUUGCGGUUCGACGGAUCAAAUUACGUGACUUGCGCGCAUGGUUCCCCGGCAUGCAAUUUUUACGUGCGUUGACACUAAGCCGUAAGGUCGAGGUCUCUCGAGACAGUUACCGGUAUAAUAAUUCCAACCAGCGAUUUCUGAUCGUUGAACUCUCUAAAUUUUAAGGUAAGUUUAACUUAGAAUUGUCUUGAUUUUCACUGAAUGCUAUUAUUCGCGUUAUAAUUGUAAAAUUCAAUUGUCACACCAAUCAAUCUUCCAUUCUUCGCUUCUGUUCAAACAAUUUUUUUGGUCUUUGCAUUGUUUGCUGACUGUGGAUCCUAAAUAAAACAAGUCUUUUUCGUUGGAUAUUAGAACGUUGCUAUAUAGCUAUAAAUGGAGUAGCUGAUAUUCAGGGAUUAUUUCUUUUGUUACUUGUACCUUGGUGCAUUUUGCCGCUAUAUCAUUGGUCAACUGCCCUAGGGGUCCUGGCACCGAAAGUUAGGUAAACAAAUCGUUUUUGCCGUCAUGAGUCGGCAAAUAUUCAGGUUGUUUGCUUUAAGAAGAUCUGGCCGAAUCUUUACAUUUCAUGACUGUGUGUACUUCUGAAGUAAUCCCGUUUUAUUAACGAGGUAUUUGUGUUUUGUUCUUUCGCCCAGAUGUACUGAAUGUUUACCUGAGGCAUUGGUUGUUUGUCAUUCGCUGCUUAUAUUAGUUAGAUACAGUCUCAAUCUGCAAGUUUGGGAAACUUUACAAAGAUUUUCAGUAUGGACGAUCAAAGUGUCGCAAGUGCGACAUUUCAAAGUCAGAGAUUUCAAGACGAAUUUAAAGUGGAAGACGAAGAAACGACGCCUGCUUGUGGAAUAGCCUCAUGGAGACCAAACUUUCUACAGCGCUUUGCAAAACCGAAAUGGUUUCUUCUGUUUCAGUGCUGGUUUGUUCUUGCUCAGGGCAUGAUAGUUUCUGGGUUUUCUGGAGUUGUCGUUUCUUCGCUUGAAAAACGCUUCUCGCUGAAAACCAACGAGGUUGGAAUUAUCUUUAGUUGUUAUGACAUAUCUGCCGCGAUUAUGGCCAUUGUAGUCAGCUACUACGGGCACCACCACAAACCAAAAUGGCUGGGAAUUGGCGCGUUUAUUCUAGGUAUCGGCUGUUUUCUUUUCGCUCUUCCUCAUCUGUUAGUAGGAAGAUAUCAACCAGGAUCAAGCGCAAGUAAUCUUUGUACAUCUGACGUUUUUCCGGCUAGCUUGGUAUGUCGUAGUUCUGUAUGGUACCAUAUAUUUUUCUUUGUCCUUGCGGAGGUUUUGAUCGGUGUUGGUGCUACUCCAGUCUACCUGUUGGGGACAUCUUUUAUUGAUGAAAAUGUUCGGCACUCUACCUCCGGUAUGUUCCUUGGAAUUAUGUAUGCAGUUGCUACAUUCGGUCCUGCCAUUGGAUUUUUGCUGGGAGGAGAAUUUCUCAAUAUUUAUGUGGACAUCACACAGGUACACAAAAUUAGCGUAUUCUAGAGUUUACAUAAACUUAAUUGGGGUGCAUUCGAUUGCGAAAUCGGAAUUUGAAUUAAAAUCCGUAUUUUGUUUAACAAAACACAAAAUUCAAAAAUGGAUUUCAACAUUGAGAAAACUCUCGAUUGGAUUUCCCUUCUUUCCUUUUUUUAUUUUUCAAAAGGAUUUGAACAAUUUAUUUUUCUCAAGAUUGCAGGUCUUGCAUGCGAAUUCAUGAUUAACACUAAUAAAAGACCACUGUUCACGAGAACAAAUCUUUAAAAUGCUAAAGAAGAAAAUUCCUGAAAGCCUUAUUUGGAUUUCUAUUAUUGAAAUCCACCUCAAGGACAGAUUCCUUGAUGCUGAAGUCUAUUUUGAGAUUUUGCAUUCUUUUGCAAGAUCUAAAUUUUGGAUUUCAAAAUUUCCCAACAAUUCUUCAAGCUUUUUGAAUACAACUUCUUCCAAUUCCAUGGAACAGCUGACAAUCACAGUGUUCUCCUUAUCGGGCGGUAGCCGGUAAAAUUUACCGUCUGAAGUAACACUUCUUUCCACCUGCAAGUGCUUGAAGGUUUACUAAAAUAAAACAAGUUGUUUUAAAAAAUACGCAAGUUGGGAUUCGAUCUGAACAAGGUUAUGAAUAAAUUUAUGGAAGUGUAUUAAAGUAUACAUAGCUUUCUUUUCAUGGGCCACGGAUUUAGGCAAGAGAGCACUGAAGACAGAGUAGAAUUAUUGGAAUCAGAUGUUUUAAAUUGUUGUCUAAAGAUAACAAUGGCUGAUUUGUGUAAAAUAGGUCUUAAAAUGAGGGAAUAAUGUUUCAGAGAAAUUAGCUCCUAAAUUUCACAGUGAGGUCGUAGCCAUGUCCCUAACUCCACUACCCCCCUCCCCCAGGAAAUUGUGCCUCUGACGCUUAUUUUUUGUCUUACUUGCUACAAAAUUUUAAUGGUCCCUUACCUGCUGAGCUAAAAUUUAGGGUGAACACUGCAAUCACUGUAUUAGUGUCCACUAUGACAAAAUUCUCAGAUCUGAUUGGUUAUCAACUGUUCUGAGUUCAUCAUUAAUAGGACAGUAUACAGGUGUCAUGCCUUAGUAAUUGGACAGUACAACCCAUCGUGUGCACACUUGCAUAACUUUUUUAAUGCUAGCAAAAAAACUCUUAAAAUAUCUUGUUAUUUACUUUUAAGGGCUUUAUAAAACAUCACAAUUUUUUUUGUAGUUAUUAUUAAUAAUAUGGUACAUGUAACAGAACUUUGUGUCGUCCAAUUCGUUGUGUUAAAGUCAUACUUGUGAUUAAACAAAUUGGACUCCCUCUACGUUAAUCGUAGAGUUUGUCAAUCUCUUGUAUGAAUAAAGAACAAAUUGGGCUCCAUUCAGUCCCAUUAUCAUUAUGAUCAAAAUGAUUAGUUUGAGAUAUUUACUGUCAAUUCAACUUUCUUUUAGCCGGAAGGUGUUGAGCUUACACCAGAGGAUUCCAGCUUCAUUGGAGCAUGGUGGUUGGGUUUUAUCCUGGGUGGAUCGUUAUCUAUACUUGUCAGCCUUCCGAUGAUUGCAUUUCCAAGAGAGCUUCCAGGGACGCGAGAAAUACGGGCUGAAAAACAAGACUGUACUGACUAUGUUGCUGAUGAUAACAUGCAACACACAUUUAAGCAACUGCUUCCCAUGUUGAAGUCUCUUCUGACAAACAAAGCUUUUGUUUGUUUAGCUCUCGCUGCAUCCUUUGAAGGAUUUGCUGUGAGUGGAUUUUCAACGUUUUUACCAAAAUUUGUCGAGGCACAGUUCCGCAUCCCUGCUGGGACUGCGGCAACCUACACAGGACUUGUAGUAGUACCCGGAGGCAGCGGGGGAAUGCUGCUUGGAGGUUAUCUGGUCAAAAGAAUGAAAUGGACAUGUGAUAAAAUCAUCAAAGCAUGCUUCAUAAUUGCCUGCUUUGCAACACUGUGGACUUUUGGAUUGUUUCUGGGAUGUCCUAACAGAGAUUUUGUUGGUGUCACUCAUCCAUAUAUUAACAGGUAAUGAAUCAGAUUUGGUUGACAAUUUAGGAGGCCCUGCCAGGGGAAGGGGGGGGGUCCCGUGUCACCGGUCUGAGUUUUAAAACAUCUCGUGUCGGUGUUUAUAAAUGCUUGUCGCUUAUUGUCGGCUUUGCCGUCACUGUCGCAAUGUGGCCGAGGGAGGUUGUCUCUUGUUGCGAUUUCAUUUUACACUCUGUUGCUACUUUUUGGGCCAUGUCGCUUGUCGGAAUUUACCCUGGCAGGGCGUCAUUCAGGUGUAACAGCUUAACCCUUUUAAUACUUAAUCCCCACUAUCCACAUACAAAUUCUCCAAACUGAUCUCCUUGAGGAAUUUUAUGAUAAAACUUGUCAGAAGAUCAAAUUAGAAGAGAGCUGUGUAAUUUAUUUGAAGGAUAAUCGCAAAUCCAGAGUAGUUUCCACAGAAACUCAAAUUCUCUGUUUGUAGUCAACCCACCAUAAGGGUUAACCAAGUUUUGAACAACUUGGCAUAGGACUGUAGGUACUGCUUACUUUUCUGAAAACUGCUUGUUGGUUAAAAAUUUAGAAGCAGGGACUACAAGUACGUGGUCAGAGUUUGGAAGUCUGCUAAUAACUAUACACUGUGCAUUUAAACAUAACCAGCAUACAUGGCUGUCAUUUCCCCUGCCUACUUUCAUAAUAUAAUGAAAGAAGAUAGAACCCAAAAAUAUAAAAUAGUCCUUACCUCAGGCUGUUUGAUUUCCUGUGUCCGCUUGUUGUAUUUACCUCGUAACCUGAAGUCUUAACAACAGCUCUGCUACAUAGUAUCUAUUUCUCGGAGGGACUUUCCCCAGUUUCAUUUAUGAUUUGAUUUAUCUUUUUUUUUUCUGUCUUCACAAAUCUAGUUCAACACUGGGGAACAUCACUUCAUCGUGUAAUGCCAAGUGUAACUGUGAUGUGAAGUAUUUUUCACCUGUUUGUUCAAAAGAAGAUCAGCUGACCUUCUACUCCCCCUGUUUUGCUGGCUGUUCUGCAGGCAAUGUAAUAGGAACCAAAGUAAGAAAUUGAAUUUCUCUAACUUGCUUAUUUGUCCCCUUAUUUUUGAAGAAAAUUAUCAACUUCAGGAUUGAAGAAUUAAUCCACUCUCUUAAUGUCACUACAGAAACCCUAAACUUAUUCUUGCAGUGAAAACAAGUUUACUACUCUCUGAGGGAUACAGGAGUAUCAAUAAGCACCAACAACUGACAAACCACAUCUGCAGCUUCUUUGCUUAGAGAAGUUGACUGCUUUUUCCUUAAAUUAGAAGGUGGAAGCUAUUGAAUUUAAGAUUCUGUCAAAACUUAAAUUAAAAUUCAAUUUGCUGGAGUUAAACAUACUUUUUGCUUCAAUAUAAGAAUUAAAGGCUCGGCCUAAAGUAUUGCCCAUAACGUGUCUAUUCUGAUCAGUCAAAAUACAUUAUCAUUCUUUGUACUCAAUUUAGUGCUCAGAAUAGUGGAAAUCACAUUUUAGGGCAUUGACAUUUCAAAAUUUUCUUAUAAGGAGCAUGUCCCCAGAUCCCCCUAGGAGAAAGAGACUAUAAAGCCCCUUGUUGAUAUGGUAAUGGUUUAUUCGGAGUUUGCCCAGCCAGUUGUUCAAAAUGUGAAUAGUACUAUCCACCAGAUAAAUCUCUAUCCAGAGACCAAUGAAAAAUUUUGGUUUUCCUAAUACCUGUCUGAUGAGUCUUGAUAGUGAUUUACUUAGUGGAUAAUGCUAUCCAAUGUUUGAACAACCGGGGCAUGCUGAAAACUUUAAUUACUUUUAUUGAAACCCGCCGGGAUAAAAAAUAAUAAAUAAAUAUAUUUUUUCAGGGGAAGGUGCUGGCACUCUGUGCACAUGCACUCCAGUAUAUCAUCUCCAUCCCUCUCUUAAUCAUUUCACUUUCUGUCAGUAAAAGUUGGAAACUUUUUUGAAGGAGGCAGUUAGAUUAAUGUUAAAACAUUCAAGAGUGUAAACAGGCAAAGAAAAGUUUGAUUCCAUGAAAAAAAGCUAAGACAUCCCAUAUAGUGACUGUAUAUAUAGUGAGCGCUCAGAAAAACUGGGGUUAAAGGACCAUUUUACAGUUGGGGGCUUAGUACCCUAUAGCCCUUGAGUGAAUGUGAGGCUGACCUUGUGCAAAAAUUGUCUUGAUACAAACCUCCUCUGUUUUUGUACGGAAAUUAUGCCCAAUUAGCAUAAGAACUACAUAAUUAACAUGAGACUGCAGGGGGGGUUGUAUCAAGACAAAAUCAACUCCAGCCUUGUUUCCAUCGAUAACCGUAAAGGGGGCUAUUUAUAAUAAGCAUUCACAGAUAGUUCUAUUUUUUUGUUUUUAUUUUUUUUAGAAAUAUCAAAACUGUAGCUGCUUUCCAAUUCCACUUAGUGAAGGAAUAGAAGAAAGUGGCUGCAAACCUGACUGCAAUACACUCCUUCCCUUUCUUCUCUGUCUGUUUGGUCUCAUGGUUUCUACAUUUCUCAACAACAUUCCUGCGACCACAGCAACAUUAAGGUAUGAUUAAGAAAAAUAGGUGUUGCAUUUUGUUUCUUGCCAUUUUGAUUUGGUCAGCUUUUGGGGUGGAUAUUAAAAUAUUAGCAGAGCUCUUGUGCCCUCUCAAAGCACAUGCAGCAUUUACCAUGGGUAGUGCCUGUGUGUUCAUGUUAACGGAUAUAAAUGUUGCCCUUACUGGUUCGGAGCGCAAGGCAUAUACAAUCUGUGUUAACUUAAUAUUGGACAUCCAUGUUACUGUCAAAGACAGAUUCAUUGUGGUGAUGUGUUUUUUUAAAGUUCUCUGCUGACCAGUUAUUGGUUUUCAAUAAUUGAUCACAGGCUCAGGUCCACUUUUUCGGGGGGAAAUUCAGUUUCCUUCUUGCUUAUGGCAAAGCUGAAUUACUUGAAAAAGACUUUGAUCCUUAAAAGAUCUCUCAAGAGCCUUGCUUUUGUCCUUGAAUAAACCUAUAUUUUACAGUCAGUAUAUUUGCAGUGAUGUUUACCUGUUAAGUGAAAAAUUAGGUAGACAUUUACCAUGAUAAUUAUCUCAACUCAUUCUCAGGUGUGUUCCCGAGAGCCAAGGAUCUUUUGCUUUGGGUAUACAACAGCUCAUUGUACGUAUAUUGGCAUUCAUACCAUCACCUAUUGUGUUUGGAUUUGCAAUUGAUACUGCUUGCCGUUUGCGUCAAAAAGAUCCGUGUGACGAUGGAGCAGAGAAAAACUGCCUAGAAUAUGACACUGAUUUGUUCAGGUAAGUAAAAUUAAGUAUACUGUACACAGUCAUGUAAACAGUUGAUGUAUUGAUUUUGUAGAGGCACUGUCAGGCUGGUAGCUGAGGGUCAAGGCCUUCUGGGAACUUUCACUUGCAGAUCUUGUGAUGCUGGAGAUCCCUACUUUAAGUGUGCAGCCUGACAGAGCCAGCACUGCAACCAACCCGCAAGAACAGUAAACUGCCUCUAAGAUGGAAACCUUUGGGACUGGUCAGCAAUAAGUGUCCAUCUCAGAGUGUUUUCCAUAUACAUGUAUAGAGAAUCUAAUAUUAUAAAGAGAGCAAUAAUUGUAGGCAGGGAACCAUUUUAUCAAGGUGUCCAUUUAGAGAGAGUCAUUUAGAGAGAGUCAUUUAGAGAGAGUCAUUUAGAGAGUCGGACAUAAGUUGGUCCUAAUUUGCCAUUGUUCAGCCUUUUUGUGACACUCUAUAAUUGCAGACAUGUGUCUGAGAUAGACACUUGGGGACUGCUUAUCAUUUACACCACCAUCCAGUUGGAAAUUAAGACAGUUGACAUGGUGGGAGAAUGAUCCACUACUAGUGUCAACUCUUUCUAAGACGGACACCUUGGGGACCUGCAGUAUGUGUCCGUCUUACAGAGAUGUCCGUCUUAUAGAGAGUCAGAUAAAGGAAGUACAAAGAAAGACAGGGACCAACACUGAGUGUCCACUUUACACUGGUGUCCGUCUUAUACAGGUGUCCGUUAAGAGAGAGUAGACUUAAUCCAAAUCAGCUGAGCAAUGCAGACCAAAAAAGAAUAGAAAAUUGCAUCAUCCCAAAUCACAGCCCAUAUUUUUUUAACCUUCCAAAACAGAAUGGUGCUAACCAUUUGAUUUUCCAUCUGAAAUUUCUGGUUUUCCCAUGUAAAUGGUAAUAUAAGUAUCCCUGGAUGUCUGUCUGACCGAGAAUUGACAUGAACCCAAUGACUUUUAAUACAAUGUAUGCUCAUCGGCACCAGUAUAGGAGUAACUGCCCAAUUUUAUGGGAAAACCAUUGGUAAGCUAACUCAAACAUAGUUGUGUGAAAUGAUGUCCGGGGGGGGGACUCCCAUAUAAAACAGACGGGGAUGCUCGUCGUCUCGCUAAGGGGUGUAAAUUGUGGAUCUUGGUCUCGCUUAGGGUGUUCCGGGCAAAGCGCCAAUAUUUUGAGCCCCCAAGGGCUCGUUUAGGGUUCUGCAAAGAAACACAGAAUUACACGAAGAGAAACAGAAGUCAAUUUUCUUUUUAACUUUGUUUGUUAUGUCUUUAUAUCAUUAAAACUCAUUGCAUGUCGUAUUUGUGUGUUUUUAAGCGGUCUCUUUUAGAGGUCAAAAUUUGCUCAAGCCAUGCCCAGAUUGGUCUCCUUUAGGAGUCACAAAAAGCUUGAGCCACGCCCAGAUGGUCUCCUUUAGGGGUUAAAUUCAAAAUUUCCGACGAGCAUCCCCCGUCUGUUUCAUAUGGGAGUCCCCCCCCCGGGAAUGAUGUACUAUAAAAUAACUAGGGUCUAUUAUUUUGGUACUUGUCAUCUCCUUCAUUAUUUCCUAUCUCAGUGUUUUUGCUCAAUUCGAUCUGUUUUGUUUUAGGUAUAUAAUGUUAGGUGUGGGCGGUAGUUUCAAGGCUCUAUCCGCUGUUGCCUUUUUCUUUGCAUGGAAGUUUUACAAACUGCCAUGUAAAGUUCAAACAGAGGGAGUUGGAAGGCAGGAUUCCAGUCCAAGUGAUGUUGCAUCUCAGAUAACACUGGUGGAUGGCAAUGACAUUGACAAGGAAAAGAAGGAAACAGAGCUUACUCCAGUGGCACAGUUUAUCACUGUUUCUAACUCUUCCAAUGAAAAGCUAAAGCCUGUGAUUACAUCGUUCAGGAAGACAACAGAUGUAUAGUAUAAUAAUAUUAUUUUAGACUGUUAUUAUAAUAUUAUUAGUGUUAAUUAUUAUCAGAGCUGUCAAGGGGCCUGUGCAGUGUUCUCUUUAUCAGGCUGUUACCUUUAAACUUUACCUCCUGAAGCAACACUUCGUACCACCUGCAACCGCUAAAAGUAGAUUUUAAAAAAAGGAAGUUGUUAUCUGAUCCAAUUCUCACAAGGAAAUGAAUAAAUAUAUAUGGAAAAGUACUGAUUAGAAGUAUACACAGCUAUACUUUUUACGCAUUUUGGAAAGAGAACAUUGAAGACAGAGUCAAAUUAUUGGAAUCAAAUGUUUUGAAUUGUUUUGUCUUAAUAAGAUACCAGCGGCCAAUUUAUCAACACAAAAUUCUCCCUUAACUUUGCAAUGGCAUUACACUAAGAAUCAAGCAGUCAGUCAGAUGUCACUAAGGGACGUUUUAGCUACCCAUCAUUUUGAAAAACUAAGUAUUAUAAUCAUAGUAAAAACUGAGAAUGUAAAUCAACACAGUCGUUAUUAUACGUGAAGUCAGACCCAUACUUUUGCCAAGAAAUUCAUGCACUACCUAUUUUUGUAUUAAUUGGUUUUCAAUAUAAUUAUUAUAUAACUGUAUUUAAAACUGGCUCCUUUGGAAUGGAAGUAGAGAGGGACACAUUGUCAGUUAGAAAUAAUAAUAUUAUCAUUAUUGAAGACUUAGAGCAUAGGCACAACAAAUAUAAUUAAUAUGUUAAUUAAACCAAUGUGAUCAUAGUGAUCUGAAAAAGAGAAAUUGAUGUAAAUUGCAUGGUUCCUGGAGAUCAUGAGCCCUUCUCCCGCUGCCCCGGUUCCUGAAAGCUAAUUGGCACUAAUCCAGCAUAAAAAAUUUUGUUCUAUUUUUUAUUUACCUUUUUAAUGUAUUGCCUAGAGUAAAAUUCUAUGCUAUCAUCACUGAAUCUCGGAGUUGAGACACAAAAGUAUUUUGUAAGCUUGAGUAACAUGUUCUUUGACAAGAAAACCUGGUUUAAAAUUUGGCUUAAUCCUGGGUUAAACUUAACCAUCUUUCAAGGAACUGGGCCCUGGCCAUGGAAAGUCAUCAGAAAAACAAAGGGAGAAGGGGUUCUUGGCAGUUGAUGGAUUUUGGAAAGAUUAAAUCUAAACAGGAAUUUAUUGUGGGCUGAGUUUGGGAGGGGGGAUGUAUUAUGUGAAAAUCACUAACUUAGUUUACAUUAGAUCGUAUUGUCUCUAUACAAAUUACUAUUUGAAAGGUAAAAGUCAUUAUUUUAAUUUUUUUUUUUUGUGUAAUUUGUUGAUGUUUGCACUUGAUUCACCAAUCCAGUCUCGAUAGUUAGAUUAAUUAACCAGCUAAAUUAUUGUACACUGUAUUUUGAAGGUACACAGGCAAGAAGGUGAAGAUUAUUAUAUCCAAUCCCAUAUCAUUUGUAGAAUAUUUUAGUACUUGUUAGUUUCAGGUCCUGGUUAUGAGACAGGUAUGAACUCAGACUGGGAGGACUCUCAGGCCAAUGAGACUGGCCAGCCGCGGCAAACUCAAGAAUGAUACUAUUUCAGGUGGUUCGACUCCAAACUGAUAAAUUUAUUUCUGCUUUGACCUUCUGUUCAUGCAAAGCUGGACUCAAAAAUCAUCUUAGACCUUACAUUACGGCCCUUGUUGGUGCAGGUACUCUUUGUGGUUUUGGGACUCCUUUCUAUUGGGAUGUGUGUCUUGCGCUUCAUGCUCUCUCCCCAAAACCAGCCUUUAAAUACCCUCAUAAUAAAAUCUGUCAAGCAGGCUAUCUCAGAGCAAUCUGACUUAGCCUGCGAUCGGGCACACUUUAUUAUUAUUUUAAUAGUAAAGUAGUAAUAAUUAAUAGUAGCCUGCAUGAUUACAGGUUACAGGAUAGGAACAAGGUGCCUUUAAUUAAUGAUCUGAAUGAUAUUGGUCAAUAAUUAUCAUUUGUGUCGGAAAAGCUGUGAAAGCCAACCUGUCUGAGUUGAACGGGAACCCAUAAGUCUCAAAUAGUAAUCAGGACCUCAAUCAGUGAUUUUAUCAGUAUUACCGGUAUUUAAAAACAAUUUAUUACUACUGAAAGAAUAUGCUGCAAGCUAAACAUUUUGUCACUGGUAUGUCCUAGCUUGAGUGACAAGUGUUAUAGCAUUGGAGACAGUGCUUUCAACUGUCGUUAUUGUUUAUUUAUAAUACAGUCAGCUCUCUUUGUAAUUAUGGACACAACCUCCGUAAAAGUGACACCUUCUGUUGGUCCCUUUAUUUAUCUCUAUGAGCUCUAUGAGCUGUGUGGUCGACACCUAUUAAAGAUAAAUGGCUGGUGCUAGUUCUGGGCAUGGCUGUGUCCAUUUUAAAGAUUUUUUACUCAUUAAGUUCUCAUCAUCAUUGAUUCUCUAGAGGGUAGCAAAAUAUUGCUCUGAGAUUACAAACAGUCUCUAUAAUUUAUUUCUUCACAAAAAGUGGGUGAUAGCCUUUGAUAGCUAUAGGUUACGCUAGAAAAUGCGGCUCAUGCUCUUGGUUGUUACAUCUCUCAGCUGCCUCAAUGCUGAUGCACAUGAUUUCUAGUCUGCUACACAGCCGUUUUGUGUUGUCACGCAACUCUCGGCCUCCCCACAGUGGGGAGGAAUGUUAUGUGACGACUCAAAAAACGGCUGUGUAUAGCAGACUACAUGAUUUCUUGCCCUCUUUGAAGAGAAAAGGUAGAGACUUUUUGCAACCUGGGGAUGAGGAGAUGGAGUUACAAUCAGAUCCCCUAAUGUCAAUUCACGUACUUCUUUGAUUCUUUUGUAUACUUUUAAAAUUUUAAAGUAUUCUGUUUACUUUUUUCAAUUAUUGUUGUGGACUGAACAAUACGCAUAGCUAGCUAUCAUGCUGUAAGUAGAUAAUUCUCUCGAAAUCAAGCUCUUGUUGCUCAAAAUGCUCGCUCUUGUAUUUAUACUAUUUUUUGGCAAAUUUAUCCACUCGGUUGAUAAAUACAGUUGAACCAGCAUUAACCCUUUAAGCCCUAAGAUCAAAAUUUGAAUUCUCAUUUGUUGCUCCUAUUCAUUUCCUACAGAAGUAGUGGGGAGAAGUUGAUAAAAUAUCAAGCAAAUUCGUCUUGGGUGAUCAUGACUGUAAUUCUCAUGACCACUCUGUUUUACAAAGCAUUGAUAUUACAAGGAGAAAUUUGAUGCUGAUCACUCUUGGGGCUUAAAGGGUUAAGGAACCACCUAUUAAUUAAACAGCCAGGAGUGGCAGAUCCAGGCAAGGGGCCCACCCCACCUCCCUU